UAUACAUUUCAUUCUAGUUUUACUAUACAAUGACUGGAAUAUACUUCACAAUUACGGUGAUGCAUGUUGUCAUCAAGUUUUAACAUUUAAACUCAAAGAUUUCUAUGUAAUUUUUAAAUAAUUUCAACACAAAUUUAUGACAAAAUGAAGACAAAUAUUUUUAUUUUAACUUUUGUUAUUUAUUGUACGACAUUGUGCAACGCCCUAGAAUGUUAUGUUUGUGAUAAUCAAGAGGGUAAUCGUCACAAGUGUUUGAAUUCUAUAUCAAUAUGUGAACAAGAAGAAGAUACAUGUUUGACAGAAGUUAGAUGGGGAAGUACUCCUUAUUGGUCUGAAGGAGCUCCGAAACAAUACUAUGUGUCCAAAAGGUGUUCAACCAAAAGAGAAUGUGAACGAUUGAAAAAUAAAAAUAUGCCUUUCUGUACAUAUAUUUGGUAUCAAGAUUGGAAGUGUUCAGAUUGUUGUCAAGGAGAUCGUUGUAAUUAUUACAUUAUUUCAUCUGCUACUAAGUACAGCGUAUCUAUCAGCAAUAUGAUAGCAACAUCAAUAUUAACACUUUUAGGGCCCUUUUGGAUUCUAAAAUGAAUAUUCUAAGUAAAAGAAAAAUCAAGUUUUAAUCUCUGGCGUUAUAGUCAGAAAAUUGAUGAAACUGUAUCCGUCCUUAUUGAGUUUCUUUUCUAUGGUUGACUAGUUAAAUGCAUACAAUUACUCUAUUUAUUAUCUGAUAGUAAGUUGCUAAUUGUAUCCAUUUAUUAAAAUACUUACAUUUUUAGAAUAUGCUAAAUAACUAAUGAAAGUAUUUAUUAAGAAAUUUUUGAAAUUCUCUCACUGCCUAAUUGUUGACUAAAAGUAAAAAUUAUUUUUUAUGUUUUAAAUUUAUAUUAAUCGAAAAAAUUUGUUGUCAGAAAAUAAUGUUUUUAAAUUAUGUUUUUUUUUAUAAAAAUGGUAAUAGAAUUAUUAUACAUUCGUACUAAUUUAACAAUUUGAUUGUGAAAAAACUUACCGUCCAUUUUAUAAAAGUUGAUUUUUUUAUAUGAGAAAUUUUUUAAUAAUUGUUAAUAAUUAUAAGUUU